AUGGCGGAAGCAAGGCAGGUUUAUCUAGCAAAAAAGAACGUAGGGAAGGCCGCGUGGAAAAGUACAUUGCCCAAUGCUCCUCUGAUUCCCAAAUCGAGCCUUAUGUCUGAAAAAGUAAAAUCCGAGGUUAAGCCAGGCAAGUUUAUGCAAGCUCAGAUUUCCACACAGGAGGCGCCCUCCAGAUAUUACUCCUGCCUUCCGAAGCGCCGCCGCAAUUUGUACUGUCUCUGCCUCGUCUCCACGUUUUGUCUCCUGUUGCUCUUUAUUCUCAUUGCUGCCGCCAUUCUCUACGCUGUCUUCCAACCUAGGAUACCCAAAUACUCAGUCGACAACGUUCAGAUUACCAGCUUCUCCCUCGGUUUAGACGCUACGCUUUCUUCACAGUUUACAGUGCGUGUGAGAAUGACGAAUCCGAAUAAAAAGAUCGGCAUAUAUUACUUAGAUGACAGCUAUAUUGGGGUUUUCUACACCGGCACGGAGAUGUGCAGGGGCAAACUGCCUGCGUUUUACCAGGCCCACAGGAAUACUACUAAUUUAGACAUUAUUCUCACAGGGACUAAUGUCGAGAUUACCACAAAGAUGUUUGCGUUGCUGAUUGCACAGCAGCAGGAGGGUAGCAUUCCUCUGCGUUUGAAGGCGAAUGUUCCCGUGAAGAUCAAGCUCGGGAAACUGAAAACCAUGAAGAUUGCUUUCCGCGUACGCUGUGAGCUGGUGGCCGACAACCUUGAUGAGAACACCAGUUUCAACAUCAGCACGAAGAAAUGCAAGGUGAAGCUUUGA